GAUGCCCUGAGCGGGUUUGCCUCUGUUGGUACUUGUUUCGCAAGAUGGAUUUUCCUCAAGGUUUGCAAUGGCGACUCUAAGCCAUGGUUGCGAUCGCGCUGCGCAAGCGCUGUCCUUUCUCCAACGUCUCAAUUUCAGCGCCCCGGCCAAUCUGGAGCGAGCUGAGUGUCCUUCUUGCAGGAAGUGGGUGCGGCUGUACUGCGCCAGAUGUGUUCGGAGCGUAGUGGAGCUUCCAGAGCCGUUAAGCCUAACCCUACAGGUGAUGAUUCUCAGACAUCCCAAGGAGGCUGCCGCAAAGUCUUCGGCGACGCCUCUCUCCCUACUGUCACCUGACAUUCAGGUGCGCGAGUGGGGACCCCACUGCGUUGAUCAGACCUGGGAGCCUGGGACCUGGCUGGCGUUCCCCAGUGAGGACGCGACAGACGCGUCUUCAGUGGACUGGGCUGAGGUCACCGGAUUGGUGCUGGUAGAUAGCCGCUGGAAACAUGCAAAAGCAGUGGUGGAUGAUCCAAAACUCCAACUCAGAACGUUGCCAGCCAUGAAGCUUGGCCCGGAAUCUUCCGUGCGCUCGUGUUUCUGGCGUUCCGCAACUGAGAAGCUUGACUUGGAGGGCCUACUCUCUACGGCUGAGUGCUUGCACUGGCUGCUGAAGCUCCGUCAAAGAUCCCAAGGCUUAGAAGUGCGAUGUAGCGACCCCGUGCUCAACGCGCAACUCUACAGCAACCGCGCGCAUGCGUACUGGCGGGCAGCCAGGGCCUCGCUGCAGUUGGACCUUUGCCGGAAUGGCAUCGACUUCUGCGAAGCUGGCUUAGAACAAGCGCCCGGCGAUGCUGAUUUGCAGAAGCUACGAGCAGCUUGUGCUGAGAAGUUGGCAGGUCAGCAGCAGAGGCGGAGGGCACAAGAGGCUGCAGCCAACAGAGACUUCAACGCCGAUGAGGCCAUGGCGGUGCAAGACAAGGUAACCGGACUGAAUGAGCAACUCUCCAGAUUGAAGUCGACGCUGAGCAGCAAACAACGGCAGCGAGUGCGUUUAGAGCUGACUCAGCAGACAAUCGAGUCCACUCCAGAAGAUGCCAAACUCUACAGAGGCAUUGGCCGCUGCUUUCUGUUGGGGGAGCGGCAGGAGAUGCUGGAUGAGAUGAAAGGCACAAUGAACAACAUCGAUGAGGAGCUGCCAAAGAUGCAGAAAGCCAGCCAAGAGCUGGAGAAGCGCAAAGACGACGCAGAGAAGGAGCUUCGGGAGAUGAUUGCAGCCUUCCGGCAGCAGGCAGACCGCUCGGCUGCCACGGCUGCCUGA